AUGGAGAAGCCCUCACCAGUGCAGCUGCUUGAAAUGUUGAAGAAACUGGGAGAGGAGGAGCUGAAGCUUUUCCACUUUUACCUGCAGUAUGAACCUGGAGGUGACUUCACCAAAAUCUAUAAGAGCCUGCUGGAGAACGCAGACAGACUGAAAACAGUAGAAGUGAUGGUGCAGGCGUAUUCAGACCACGUGAUCGAGGUGGCGAGGUCGAUUUUAAAGAAGAUGAAUGCAGAGGCUCUUCAAAACUGUCAGCUUAAAUUCAAGUCUAACCUGGUAGAGCAGUUCCAGUGUGUGUUUGAGGGGAUCGCUAAAGCAGGAAACCCAACCCUUCUGAAUCAGAUCUACACAGAGCUCUACAUCACAGAGGGAGGGACUGCAGAGGUCAAUAAUGAACAUGAGGUCAGACAGAUGGAAACAGCAUCCAGGAAACCAGACAGACCAGAAACAACCAUCAGACAAGAAGACAUCUUUAAAGCCUCAUCUGAAAGAAAUAAACCAAUCAGAACAGUGCUGACAAAGGGAGUGUCUGGCAUUGGGAAAACAGUCUUAACACAGAAAUACACCCUGGACUGGGCUGAAGACAAAGCCAACCAGGACAUCCAGUUCAUAUUUCCAUUCACUUUCAGAGAGCUGAAUGUGCUGAAAGAGGAAAAGUUCAGCUUGGUGGAACUUGUUCAUCACUUCUUUACUGAAACCAAAGAAGCAGGAAUCUGCAGCUUUGAAGACUUCCAGGUUGUGUUCAUCUUUGAUGGUCUGGAUGAGUGUCGACCUCCUCUGGACUUCCACAAAACUACAAUCCUAACUGACCCUAGAAAGUCCACCUCAGUGGAUGCGCUGCUGAUAAACCUCAUCAGGGGGAAACUGCUUCCCUCUGCUCGCCUCUGGAUAACCACACGACCUGCAGCAGCCAAUCAGAUCCAUCCACAGUGUGUUGGCAGAGUGACAGAGAUCAGAGGGUUCAUUGACCCACAGAAGGAGGAGUACUUCAGGAAGAGAUUCAGAGAUGAGGAGCAGGCCAGCAGGAUCAUCUCCCACAUCAAGACAUCACGAAGCCUCCACAUCAUGUGCCACAUCCCAGUCUUCUGCUGGAUCACUGCUACAGUUCUGGAGGAUGUGCUGGAAACAAGAGAGGGAGGAGAGCUGCCCAAGACCCUGACUGAGAUGUACAUCCACUUCCUGGUGGUUCAGGCCAAGGUGAAGAAGGUCAAGUAUGAUGGAGGAGCCGAGACAGAUCCACACUGGAGUCCAGAGAGCAGGAAGAUGAUUGAAUCUCUGGGAAAACUGGCCUUUGAUCAACUGCAGAAAGGAAACCUGAUCUUCUAUGAAUCAGACCUGACAGAGUGUGGCAUCGAUAUCAGAGCAGCAUCAGUGUGUUCGGGAGUGUUCACACAGAUUUUUAAAGAGGAGAGAGGACUGUACCAGGACAAGGUUUUCUGCUUCAUCCAUUUGAGCAUCCAGGAAUUUCUGGCUGCUCUUCAUGUCCACCUGACUUUGAUCAACUCUGGACUCAAUCUGCUGGAAGAUGAACAAACAACCUCCCUGAAGUCUGAAAUGAAAGAAUAUUCAGAGAAACACUUCUACCAGAAUGCUGUGAACAAAGCUUUAGAGAGUACAAAUGGACACCUGGACUUGUUUCUCCGCUUCCUCCUGGGUCUUUCACUGCAGACCAGUCAGACUCUUCUACGAGGCCUGCUGACACAGACAGGAAGUAACUCACAGUCCAAUAAGAAAACAGUCCAGUACAUCAAGGAGAAGCUCAGUGAGAAGCUGUCUGCAGAGGAAAGCAUCAGUCUGUUCCACUGUCUGAAUGAACUGACUGAUCGUUCUCUAGUGGAGGAGAUCCAACAGCGCAUGAGUACAGGACUUCUCUCCGCAAAUUAUCUGUCUCCUGCUCAGUGGUCAGCUCUGGUCUUCAUCUUACUGUCAUCAGAAGAAGAUCUGGAUGUGUUUGACCUGAAGAAAUACUCUGCUUCAGAGGAGGCUCUUCUGAGGCUGCUGCCAGUGGUCAAAGCCUCCAACCAAGCUCUGCUGAGUGUCUGUAAACUGUCAGAAGAAAGUUGUCAAGCUCUGUCCUCAGUUCUCAGCUCCCAGUCUUCUAGUUUGAGAGAGCUGGACCUGAGUAUCAACAGCCUAAAUCAUUCAGGCGUGAAGCUUCUGUCUGCAGCAAUAGAGAGUCCACAUUGUAAACUGAAUACUCUCAGAAUGAGUCUUUGUAACCUCUCAGAGACAAGCUGUGAAACUCUUUCCUCAAUUCUCACCUCCCAGUCCUCUAUUCUGAGAGAGCUGGACCUGUGUAACACCAACCUGCAGGAUUCAGGAGUCAAGCUUCUGUCUGUUGCAGUGGAGAGUCCACAAUGUAACCUUGAAACUCUCAGGGUGGAGCCUGCUGGACUCCGAUGGUUGAGACCAGGUCUGCGGAAGUAUUCCUGCCAACUCACAAUCGACAAAAACACAGUUCACACAAACCUCCAACUGUCUGACAACAACAGGAAGGUGACACAUGUGAAGGAGGUUCAGUCAUAUCCUGAUCAUCCAGACAGAUUUGAUUAUUUCUGCCAGCUGCUGUGUAGAAAUGGUCUGACUGGUCGCUGUUACUGGGAGGUCGAGUGGAGAGGAAGGGUUGAUAUAGCAGUGAGUUACAGAAGAAUUAGAAGGAAACGAGAGUGUCAAUUAUCAAAAUCUGGUAUGUUUGCUACGCUUGCCAGUUUCUAUUCCCCAUACUGUAUGUUUGGACACAAUGAUCUGUCCUGGAGUCUGUGCUGCUCUGAUGAUGGUCCUCAUUCCGUCUGGCACAAUAAGUGGGAUACAUCCAUCUCCUCCUCCUCCUCCUCCUCCUCCUCCUCUGUCUCUAACAGAGUAGCAGUGUAUGUGGACUGUCCUGCUGGCACUCUGUCCUUCUACAGAGUCUCCUCUGACACUCUGAUCCACCUCCACACCUUCAACACCACAUUCACUGAAACUCUUUAUCCUGGGUUUUGGUUCAGAUCAAAGAUGGAGAAGGCCUUACCAGUGCAGCUGCUGGAAAUGUUGAAGGAUUUGGGAGAAGAGGACCUGAAGCUUUUCCACUUUUACCUGAAAUAUGAACCUGGAGCUGACUUCCCUAAAAUCUAUAAGUUCCAGCUGGAGAACGCAGACAGACUGAAAACAGUAGACGUGAUGGUGCAGGUGUAUUCAGACCAUGUGAUGGAGGUGGCGAGGUCGAUUUUAGGGAGGCUGAAAGGAGGUCAGUAA